CGCGGCGCCGACAAGGCCCGGGAAGGCCGCCGCGGCCGACGGCGACGUGCGGGACCAGCGCGAGGACGGGCGGCGGCUCGCCUCCGCGGAGGCGAAGCGGCUGCUGCUUCUGGCCGGGCCGAUCGUGGCCAGCUGCAUCCUGCAGUGCGUAGUGAACAUGGUGUCCGUCAUGUUCGUCGGCCACCUCGGCGAGCUCCCCCUCGCCGGCGCCUCCCUCGCCACCUCCCUCGCCAACGUCACCGGCUACAGCCUCCUCACGGGCAUGGCGACGGCGAUGGACACGCUGUGCGGGCAGGCGUACGGGGCGCGGCAGUAUCACCUCCUCGGCGUCUACAAGCAGCGCGCCAUGGUGGUGCUCGCGGCGGCGUGCGUCCCCAUCGCGCUCGUCUGGGCGUACGCGGGGCGGAUCCUGCUGCUCCUCGGCCAGGACGCCGACAUCGCCGCCGAGGCCGGCGCGUACGCGCGGUGGAUGAUCCCCUCGCUCGCCGCCUACGUGCCGCUCACCUGCCACAUCCGGUUCCUGCAGACGCAGACCGUCGUGCUGCCCGUCACGGCGAGCUCCGCCGCCACGGCGCUCCUCCACCCGCUCGUGUGCUGGCUGCUCGUGUACAAGGCCGGCAUGGGGAGCAAGGGCGCCGCGCUGGCCAACGCCAUCUCCUACGCCGUCAACCUCGCCAUACUUGCCCUCUACGUGAGGGCGUCGAACACCUGCAAGAGCACGUGGACCGGCUUCUCCGGCGAGGCCUUCAAGGAGCUCCGCCACUUCGCCGCGCUCGCCAUGCCGUCCGCCAUGAUGAUCUGCUUGGAGUGGUGGUCAUUUGAAAUCCUUGUCCUCCUCUCUGGACUUCUACCUAAUCCUCAGCUUGAGACUUCAGUGCUUUCAAUAUGCCUGAACACUGGGGCUCUGCUAUUCAUGGUACCAUUGGGCCUAUGUUCUUCUAUAAGCACGCGUGUUUCAAACGAAAUUGGAGCAGGGCAGCCUCAAGCAGCAAAGCGAGCAACGCGAGUGGUGAUGUAUAUGGCUUUGUCUGAAGGAUUGGUGAUAAGCUUGACCAUGUUCUUGCUUCGCAAUGUCUGGGGAUACAUGUACAGCAAUGAGCAGGAGGUUGUGUCAUACAUUGCUAGAAUGCUGCCGAUUCUUGGGAUAUCUUUCUUCAUAGAUGGUCUCCACAGUUCUCUCUCAGGGGUUCUUACGGGUUGUGGUAAACAGAAAAUCGGCGCAGCCGUGAAUCUCGGCGCGUUCUACCUUGUAGGCAUUCCAAUGGCCGUGCUUCUUGCAUUUUCCCUCCAUCUGAAUGGAAUGGGCCUGUGGCUUGGCAUCGUCUGCGGCAGCAUCGUCAAACUACUGGUGCUUGUAUUUGUCUCGUGUUGCAUAGACUGGGAAAAGGAGGCAAUCGUGGCAAAGGACAGGGUUUUCAGCUCAUCCCUUCCAGUAGCAUGAAAAUGGUCAGCCACAUGCAGGGUUUCAGGCGAUUAAUACGAUGCAAAAUUGGUCCACAUUCGAAGAAAGCAUAUAAAUCUGGCCAUGAGAGGGAAAAUAUAGUUGUGUUGUAACUUCUAUUGGGAUUUCGGAAGAAGUCGAACGAAAAACGUAGUUGAGGACUGUAUCCAUCGCAUGGUGAUCAGAGACGAAUUUGGACUUUUUGGUGUUGUGUAUGAUUGUUGCUUUUGCCAACUGUAUAACUGAGCUCUAGUUAGGGUAUACUGUAGGUACAUUGAGAGUUUGUACCUAUCAAUUUUGGGGAGUCUCUGUCAGUGACACUAAUGAGCAGCGCACAGGAGUCGACUCGCUGGCUA